AUGUUCACACUCCCCGCCAAGAAGGAGGCCAGCGCAACGCCAACCCAAGCGGACAUAAUCUACCUUGACGAGGACACGCCGACCCUUGAGGGUGUUCUUCGUAUGAUCUCUGGGAUGCCCAUCCCCCCACUCGACUCUUACGAUAUCAUCGAGCCCAUUCUCCAGACCGCGGAGAAGUACGACAUGCCAGGGCCUAUGUCUAUCGUCCGCGCACUCGUCACGACCGCGCCGUUCAUCGCGGAUCCGUUGCGGCUCUAUGCGAUCACCUGCCGGUAUGGAUGGCUGGAGGAGGCACGAAUGGCGUCGAAGCAUACGCUCACGCUGAAUCUGCAUGCGUCCGAGCACCGGCUUGCUCUGCAGAAACUGGGGACGGCCGCGCUGCUGAGCCUGUUCGAGCUGCACCACAGCCGGCGGGAGGCGCUCCGGCGGCGGCUGGACGAUCCACCGUUCGUGAACGACGGCGGGGACACGUCGUGCUCGCACUGCGGGUGCAUCGUCGACUAUCACACCUGGCGCGAGCUCAAGUACGUGAUCAUCCUCGAGAUGGAUGUGCGGCCGCUGGGCGACACGGUGUGCAACCAUGGGCUUCUCGAGUGGCCCGCGGCACGCGCAUGUUGGGAUGCACGGUGCACGAACUGCGAGCGGGUACUGUAUGACAAGAAGGAGACACUGAGGGUCAUACGCGAAUGUAUCGAUUUUCUGCCCACGACCGUCGACAGCGAUCCAGAUACAGCCUUGCCCAUUGUCGCCUGA